ACCAUGCAAAAGCGUCGCAGUUUGAAGACGUUACCGCUCAACGGAGGGGAGCAACUUUUUAGCUAAAAAAAUACGACAACGAUUUGCAAAAACAAGGGGUGUAACUUGUUCUCGGUCGUCAACUGGUUCAGAAUAUGUCAUUUAUAUCAUUCUUACAUGUUCCGUUUAAGCGGUAUUAACGAGCAAAGUCCGAAUCUUGAAUAUACAGCUAACUACGUAUCAUGUUGUGGAGCUAAUAAUAGUGGUGUUAUAAAGAUGAAGUUGUCUUCUAUUGUAGUAACAUUGAUAUUAACGGUGGGUGUUCCUUAUUACAUCUAUACACCGUUACCUGCUGCCAUCGAGGAGCAUUUGAAACUGAUGCUGUUGGACGCCUUAUUCCGUGCUAUGCUGCAAGUGGGUGACUUGUGCCAGUGUCUGGGUCUGAGUCACCACAUCCCAUGGUUUCGGGGGGCCAUAUCGGGGCCGGAGUCCCUGGGGGAGAUGGCGGGAGGCGGGGUGAGGGUGAGUGACGUGGACUUUGACAGAGUCCCGGUGCGCGUGUACGAGCCCCCCGCUGCAGAAGGGGGAGACGGGGGUCUGAGGAGGGCUGUGAUGUUCUACCAUGGAGGAGGAUGGGCCCUGGGGACCACCAAGAUGGGGAGCUAUGAUGUCUUGUGUAAGCAGAUGUCUGAUGAGCUGAAUGCAGUGGUUGUGUCUGUUGAGUACCGUCUUGCUCCAGAAGUGCAUUUCCCUGUGCAGUAUGAGGACUGUCUGGCUGCAGCCAAGCACUUCUUGGAGCCGGGCAUUCUGGGAAAGUUGUCUGUGGAUCCACAGCGCGUGGCCGUGUCAGGCGACAGUGCUGGAGGAAACCUGGCUGCAGCGGUCGCACAGCAGGUUCUGGCUGCUCUACCUGGGGGUUGAUAACUCUCUCCAUCCCCUCCUCUUGUCCCCCUCCUUCCUCCAUCAUCCCUCCCUCCCUCCGCUCCCAUCUCAACUGGACCACCCUUCUGCCGGCCAAACACAUUAAGCAUUAUAAGCCUGUUGGCAUGGAGAUGGGGUCACAGGAGGUCACAGGGCAGGAGGGUGAUCUUCUCCCGGGGUUGCUGGAUGUCCGAGCUGCUGCUGGUUGGAGCAGGGGGUUCUGGGUAGAACGCCGCGAGCUUACAUUGUAACAUGUGAUGUGCUCAGAGACGAUGGGUUGAUGUACACCAGAAGGCU